AUGGCUACGGUGACCCAGGAACGUAUCGAACCUUACGAAAUAGUGUCGUGUGUGCCCCAUUCCAAACCCGUUCUGGUCAACCAACGGCCAACAUAUGAUCGCCAUGUCUUUGUCGAGCGCCCUUUGCUGAGUGCUCUACUCUUUGACAAUGUCGACUCGGAUGCUCGUGACCAUUGCGCCAACGAAAGAACCUUUCUUUCGUGGUUGCGUCUAGCUAUAUACAUGGCUGUCGUCAGUGUAGCCAUUCUCAUCUCCUUUCAUCUCAAAAGCCAACCUACACCGCUCGAACGAAGGAUAGCACUGCCAUUUGGCAUCAUCUUCUGGUUCCUUGCUCUCGCUUGCCUGGCUAGCGGGACAGCAAAUUACAUAAAGACGGUCCAAAAAUACUCAAAGCGACAGGCCUUGGUCCAGACUGGUUGGAAAACGCAAGUGGUCUUUACUAUUGUAGCGACUUCGAUCGUGGCUGCGUGCGUGCUAUUUCUGUCGACGAAUGCUGGGACGAGCAAGAGGACACGCUGA